GGUUGGGUACGGUCAAGUGGUGAGGCUGAGGAGGCUGGUUGGCUGAGCAGAGGCCUGGGUACUUGCUUGGGUAGUGUGGGAGUGACGGUCGUGGGUGUUGGUCGUUAGCUGCUCUUGUCCUGAAGUUGUCUUCCUCGUAAACAGGUGAAAUAAAAGCGAUGCCGAAGAAGGGUGAAUGUGGGGUGUGCUUCACGAAGUACAAGGAGGGUGAUGUGGAACUCUGCCCCCUCGCUUGCGGCCACAUCCUAUGCAGCUCCUGCACCACGACCCUGAUCCAAAAGUCCUCCAACGCCAUCGUCUGCCCCUUCUGCCAGGGAACCAAAACCAUUGCCCUCAUCUGCGACGACGCGAACACCGCCGCCCAAAGUCGCAAGCCUGAUAAGAAGAAGGUUUUGAACCGUCCCGUUUUCUUGAAGAGUCAUCCCAAUGUGUGUCUCAUCCAGAGUAGCAGCGAACCCACCCUCACCGUCCUAUCUGUUACCCCGGGAGGUUUUGCCGUCAAGAGCCACACCGAGCUCCCGAUGAAGUCCACCAAGAAGAAGAAGUAAGCAUGUUCCUUCCUGCGGUGAUGUUCUGUGUCCGUGAUCACGUGUCUUCCAUCUGUCCUUCAAUAGGUUUCUUCCAUGUGUCCGUGAUUAUGUAUCUGCCAUACUUGACAGUGUAGUGAUAAUGUCUGACUCACAACGUAUCUGAAUGUCGCCCGUCUGGUGGUGGUAUUGCUGCUUCGGAAUAAAAUUUACUUUAA